AUGAAUCAGAUACCUGUCGGGGGCACUGCCCCAGCUGCUUCUGCUGCUGCAGCUGCGGCUGCUGCUGCUGCAGCCACCGCGGAGCCUCGCCUUCAUCCUGAGGGCAGCAGCAGAAAGCAGCAGAGGGCUCAGUCACCGGCCAGACCCCGGGACAGUGCGGUUCGACAAACAGCCACUGCCGCCAGGUCCCCGGUGGGGGUGGGCACCAAGCUCAACUCCGCCCGGCAGCAGCAGCUUCAGCAGCAGCAGCAGCAACAGGGAUCGAAAUCCAAUAGCAGUCGCCUAGUAACUCCCGCUGGCAUCCGGGGAGGCGGCGGCGGCGGGGAAAAGCAGCCACCGCCUGCUACGCUCAAAGGCGUCCCGCUGGGAGCUGUCCAAACAGGAGGUGGUGCUGAAGCAUCCCCAGCCGGUACCCCAACCGCGGUGGGGAACAAGAGACCCUGUCCCACUGAGGAGCCGCCUCGCGAUGGGGAAGCCGCGACCCCCAAACCAGCGGAGAAGGCUCAGCUAGGAGGAGGGGGAGGGGGAGGGGGAGGAGCAGGAGCAGGAGGAGGCUCUGGGGAAAGGGAGGGGGGCGCUCUGCAGCCGCCGCCGCCCAGAAGCUGGCGAGGUAAACCGGGCGCACGCCCACAGAGGGGUGGAAGCGCCGGAGGAGAGGUGGCCUCCUCUUCACCAUCCUCCUCUUCUGCUGAAACCCCGGUCCCCACCAGUAGAAACCCCGGGAACGUUGUUGCUGCGGGCGGUGGCGGCUACUGGAAAGAGGGAUGUCUGCAGUCUGAGCUCAUCCAGUUUCAUCUCAAGAAGGAGCGGGCGGCGGCAGCGGCGGCGGCAGCAGCUCAAAUGCAAACCAAGAGCAGCAGCAACAGCACUAGCAGCUCCCCAGUCGCCACAGCCGCCUCGGAGCCUCUUUCCUUCCCUUCCCCCUCCCCAAUGGCGGCUGCAGCAGAGGGCCUACAGCAGGGGGCAGGGGGCAGCCCAAGCAGCGGGGGGAUGCAGGCUACUGCUCCGCCCUCACCACCGCAGCAGCAGCAGCAGCAGCAGCUACAGGAACAAGAAGAGAUGCAAGAGGAAAUGGAGAAGCUGCGAGAGGAGAACGAAACCCUCAAGAACGAAAUUGAUGAACUGAGGACCGAAUGGAUGAGAUGAGGGACAGUUUUCUUUGAGGAGGAUGCCUGUCAGCUGCAGGAAAUGCGCCACGAGUUGGAAAGAGCCAACAAAAACUGCCGAAUUCUGCAGUACCGCCUCCGCAAAGCAGAACGCAAGAGACUCCGCUAUGCGCAGACUGGGGAAAUUGAUGGGGAGCUACUGAGAAGCAUGGAGAAGAUCUCAAGGUUUGUUGCAAAGGAUGUUUCAGUCAGACUUCACCAUGAAUUGGAAAAUGUAGAAGAAAAACGUACCACAACAGAAGAUGAAAAUGAGACGUUGAGGCAACAGCUUAUAGAAGUUGAAAUUGCAAAACAGGCUUUACAGAAUGAACUGGAAAAAAUGAAAGAGCUAUCACUGAAAAGAAGAGGAAGUAAAGACUUGCAAAAAUCUGAUAAAAAGUCACAGCAAACUCCCACAGAGGAGGAUAGUGAAGAUCUGAAAUGCCAGCUGCAGUUUGUCAAGGAAGAAGCCGCUCUGAUGAGAAAGAAAAUGGCAAAGAUUGAUAAAGAGAAAGACAGAUUCGAGCAUGAGCUCCAAAAAUACAGGUCAUUUUAUGGAGACCUGGACAGUCCUUUACCCAAAGGGGAAGCUGGAGGACCUCCCACAACGAGGGAGGCUGAGCUCAAGCUUCGUCUGAGGCUGGUGGAAGAAGAAGCCAACAUCCUGGGGAGGAAAAUAGUGGAACUAGAAGUGGAGAACAGAGGCUUGAAAGCUGAACUUGAUGAUUUGAGAGGGGAUGACUUCAAUGGGACAGCCAAUCCCCUCAUGAGGGAGCAGAGUGAAUCCCUCUCUGAGUUAAGGCAACACCUGCAGUUGGUGGAAGAUGAGACAGAAUUGCUGAGACGGAACUUGGCUGACCUGGAGGAACAAAACAAAAGGAUUACAACAGAGCUGAAUAAGUACAAGUAUAAGUCUGGGGCCCAUGAAAGCUCGAGGCACCAUGACAGCGCCAAGACCGAAGCCCUCCAGGAGGAGCUGAAGGCUGCCCGUAUGCAGAUCAACGAACUCAGUGGCAAAGUCAUGCAGUUGCAGUAUGAGAACCGAGUGCUUAUGUCCAACAUGCAGCGUUAUGACUUGGCCUCCCACCUGGGGAUUCGGGGUAGCCCCAGGGACAGCGAUGCUGAAAGCGAUGCAGGAAAGAAAGAAAGUGAUGAUGACUCCCGUCCACCACACCGCAAAAGGGAAGGGCCCAUUGGUGGAGAGAGCGACUCAGAGGAGGUCCGAAAUAUCCGAUGCCUCACCCCAACCAGAUCCUUCUACCCAACCCCAACCACCUGGCAAAAAAACUUCACAGACCGGCAGCAAAUGAAGGACAUCCGCUCAGAAGCAGAGCGUCUGGGAAAGACAAUAGACCGGCUGAUCUCGGACACCAGUACCAUCAUCACUGAGGCAAGAAUUUAUGUGGCCAAUGGGGAUCUGUUUGGACUGAUGGAUGAGGAAGACGAUGGCAGCAGGAUCCGGGAGCAUGAACUGCUUUACCGGAUAAAUGCACAGAUGAAGGCAUUUCGGAAAGAACUCCAGACUUUCAUCGACAGGCUAGAAGUUCCAAAGUCAUCAGAUGACAGAAGUGCAGAUGAGCCAUUGUCUGUUAGUCAGAUGUUCCAGCCUAUCAUUUUACUUAUUCUCAUUCUUGUAUUAUUUUCAUCACUUUCUUACACAACAAUAUUUAAACUUGUCUUUCUUUUUACACUGUUUUUUGUACUGUAAGCCUUUCGUCAUUUAUUGUUCAUUGUAGUAUUAUUUUCCAUUUGUUUAUUUUGUCCACCCUUCAAGAUAAGAAGUAACAGAAGUAUAGUUUCUGUAGUAGCCAAUGCUAUAAAAACACUGAAGACUGCUUGUUUCUUAAAAAAAAAAAAAGACACACAUACACACACAGCCAAAGCAACUGAUUGAUAUAAGAAUCCUGUCUACAAGAAUAUUUCAGCUAGACACAAAGGCAAGAGAGAUUGUUUCAAAUAAAGUAACUCCCAGCCUCCAAGAAUCAGUAAGAAGAAACAAAGAAUUUUUAAAAAUACAAAAAAAAAUCCUCUUCAUUGGCUCUUACUUGGUUGCCAUGGACCUCCAUAAGCAAUGGGAGACUACAGAGACAAACUCGAUGAAGGAAAAGAUGGAAUUACUGGACCAAUUUGACAAUGAAAGGAAGGAAUGGGAAAGCCAAUGGAAAGUUAUGCAGAAGAAGAUAGAAGAGCUUUGCCAGGAAGUAAAGCUCAGGAGGGAAAGCAAGAAGAAUGGCUGCUCCAAAACCGUUGAACGUGAUCAGAAUGUCCAAAGUAAAAUGGCACCAUUUUGGGCACAUCCCCCAAAUCCAGGACAACAUGACACUGCAGUGCUGAGUGAUGGACUCUGUCCUGUAAAUCUAAGUGUGAACACUAUGAAAGGAGGCAGCUUCCUUGAGGAAAAAAAUCAAAUUAGCAAGGAGCAAAUAGCAAUGAGGAAAUCCAAAGCAGUGUUCAUGGACCCUCUGGCCACAGAGAACCAAAAGAAAUAUGAGGGGGGGUCUUGCUUGAAGAUUUCUGAGGAAGAAAGAAAGAGCUGUACGAAUGCCCUCAAUACAGCUCUUGAGGAACUUGCCAAAGUUAGUGAAGAAUUAUGCAACUUUCAAGAGGAAAUCCGAAAGAGAUCUAACCACAGAAGGAUGAAGUCAACUCCCUUUCUCCAGGAAACAAUUAGCCCAGUUAAUCCUGACAUGAAUCAUGUGAUCAGCAAUGGCUCCCCAACUGCUUUAAUCAGCUUAGAUAAAGAAAAACAGAUAAAUAGAAAGAAGCUAAUCCAUUUUGAUGAUAUGCCCCCUGACUCUCCUGUUGAGAACAGGGAAUCAGAUACACUUUCUUUGCAAAGGAAUGAAACUCCACCAAUCCCUCCUCCAAGAAGCACUUCUCGAAAUUUGCCAAGCUCAUAUUCUGAAGAUCGCCCAGUCUUUGAUGAUCCAAAGAAAAAUUUAGACAGCAGGUGGGAGACACAAGACUGCAAAGGUAAAAGGAACUGUAGUAGUAACUUCCCUGCAAAGCAGCAUGAAGUAACCAUGUCCUGCUCACAUAAACAGAAUACUUUGAAAGAUCAAAUUACUUUUGCCAGUUCAGGGCAAAUAGCCAAAGUAGAUAGUGAAACUCAGUGUAAUAAGGACCUGGAGACUAAUAUAUGGUCACAGGAUAUAGACAAGCUUAGAACAGGUACAAAGAGUGUGCCCUCAACCUUGUGGUUUCCAAAAACUUGCCCUAACUCUGAUAAGCUUCCAUAUGAAAGGUUGAUCCAAAGCCACGAGGCUAAAUCUGAUUCUGCUUUUCAUGUAAGUGAUGCCCUGAAUUCUUUGAAACCUAACAGUGAUUCAUUUACAGGAGUUGGUUGCAACUUUGAAAAGAUUUCAAAGAAUGAAAAAUUGGCAGCAAAGACAGAUGAAUUUAACAGAAUUGUAUUUCGAACAGACAGAUGUCACAGUUCAGCACAGCAUAUUGAGAGACUCUUAAAUUCAUCCAAAGACUCUAAGCCCUGUGGUCCAUCAUGUACAUGUGCAGUUCACGUAAAAGAAAAUGACAAACUGUGUUGUGUUCAGAACAAUAGCCUUUCAGUGCCCAAAGAGAGAAUGUCAAAUAGUUUUACCAAAAAAGUCAUGGGAGAGCAAGUUAAGCAAGCACAGGAGCAUCCAAAUGCUAGCAAUUAUCAUCACAUGUUUCAUGAGCAUAACUGGAGACCAAGUAAUUUGUUAGGUCGUCCACGGUCAGCUGAUCCCAAGUCAAACUAUGGAGUAGUGGAAAAGCUGCUGAAAAACUAUGAGAAAUCGACAGGGUCUUUGUCACAAAACUUGAAAUGCUGCCAAGAUCAAUGGACCAAAUCGGACUGUAAUGUCAUCAAGAGUGACAAGGACACCUUUAAUCAGUAUUUAGAAAUGUUUCAACCAGGACAAGAAAAGCAAGAGCUUCAGAUGAAGUCAGCCAUGUCUAUGGAGCAGCAAAGCAAGCAAGGAAUAGAGAAGAAAGAAUUAACAGAGGAGUCUGUGGCAAUGAAAUCAACCAAUGGGAAAGGGUUUUCUCGGCCUGCCCGGCCAACAAAUCAACGCCCACCUUCCCGAUGGGCACCCAGAUCCCCAUCUGCACCCCCGGCCUUGAAGAAGACUGUGUAUGGCUAUUCUUUUUCACCGCAAUCAGAGACCACGGUUGUCUGAGUCUCCCUAAGACAGGAUGGGUGGACGCUACGGCCAAAGCUCUGGACCUUCUUUCCAAACAGAGCAUUCUGUGUGUUUGGAGCCAGUGUCCUGCUCUGUAUCCUUCAAGAUUAAGAAUUCCAUCUCUUGAUAUACAGAACAAGCAGUUAAAAAAAAUCUUAACUUUCCAUCAGUCUUCAGUGUUUUUAAUCGACGGAUGAACCAUCUUUCUGUAUUUGUUUUUGUUUGUUUAAUAGUGCAGCACAGCUUUUUUUAAAUGUCAUCCUCAUUGAUUUGCCAAUUGGAUUUAUGUUUAAACAGUGUACAAUUUUGUAUAUUCUAAUGUUCCUGCUAGUGGCAGGAAGUGAGCUUGUAUGCAUGACAAUGUGUCUGUAGGUGCAUGUGUCGAAUAGGAAGUAUCCUGGUAUGUACUUAGGUGAGUCAAACUUAUGUGCUAGUGUUGACCUUACAAUUAUAACCUGUAUGCCUAUAUAUUCUUUGUGUUUAUUUUAAAAGUUUGAAAAUAUACAGUACUGAUAUUUAUAUUUUGUUUAUCUCUUACUUAGAUAAGAAUACCCAGGUAUUCAGCUAUGGUGUUCGGGGUACAGAGAAAAAGCUGUUCUAACACCCUAACUGCAGCAACAUGCAUUGCAAAAUAUGUAUCAUAUACAGACUCGAGCUUAGUGGAGUAACUUUGAUAGUAUUCUUAUAGCACUUCUUAACCUUUAUAAUGAGAAAACACCAUAGUUGAACUGAUUUUUUCCCCUUUUGUAAUGAGAAAAUUGCAUAAUUUGUACCAGAGUAGCCUCCUUUCGCAGACAGUCCUGCCUAAAAUACCCACAGAUACUUUUCUGCAUUGCUCAGUACAGGAGGUAGGUUUUACGCGAUGCUUGCCUCACUGUAAUUUGGGCAACCAGAUUCAUGGGAAACUAAAUCUUAAGGAGCUUCUUUUGGUAUUUUAGUAACAAAACCCCCUUCAAGGGGGCAUGAAAUGGAUCUGCUUUGUACUGAAUUCUUCUCUCUAAUGAAUAAUGCUCAAUUCAAUUCCACAAGACUUUAUUAAGCUUCUAUUAUGUGCCAGGCACUGGGGAUACAAAGCAAAAUAGUACCUGCCCUCAAACAGCUUACAUUCUGUUGGUGGGAAAGAACAUGUGUUUAAACAAGGUUUUUGUGUAGUCAUGCUAUCUAGACUAAUGAACCUUCAGUUUUUUACAUUUUUCCAUCUCUUUCCCUAAAAUUAUUGGGAUAAAAGAAUAAUUCACUUUGUAUUGUGAAACAAGAAUCAUAUUUUGAUUCCCAUCUAAAUUAUGGAGACUUUUCUCUUUUUCUGCUGCAAACAAGUUACUAAGUAUCUAUGUUCCUGUGUAACAUCAGUUACAGUUUUGCAGUUGUAAACCUGAAUUCAGAGAGCACAUAAAUUUCAUUUACAAACCUGAGGAAAACCAAAGUGCUCUAAUGCCUGAAACAUUAGGACUGAAGGUCUGAGAAGUAACCAUGACCUUUCACUUGUCUCUCUGACAGGUUUUAUACUAUGUUUAUUUCUCAAGUAUUAAUUUCUUUCAAGGGCUUCCUCUGCUGCCAAAAAGUUACUUGGUUCACAUGAUAGGAGUCCUGUCCCCACAGGGAUUCAAAGAGCCUUUUUUUUAUCAGUAACCAGAUUAGGAAAAUGUACAUUAGCCUAGACCAGGCCUUGAGGUAGAGUAUUUAGGUCUUAAAUCCCAGCUUGCCUUAAAAAGCUCAGGGCUGUUGCAUUGUGAUGGAUUGAGGUUUAAUUUUUAACUGUAGAACAGAUGGAGUUUAACAAGAGUUAAACUGCCUGCUUCUAGAGAUCUCAAUGGUUUUAGAUUUGGGCCAUUAGGAUUUCAGGACCAUCGUCCUCCAUCUUUUUUAGUGCAUUGCAAGUCUUCAUCAUAACACAAUGCUGCCACCCUCAGAGAAAAUCUACAUAAAUUCCAAAUUGUGUGACUCUCAAAGCAUGUGCAUUUUUCCAUUUGGAGCUAGGGAAGGUUGGGGAAGGAGAGAGCAGAACAGCUCUGAGAAGUAUGGUCUGUGGUAUAAAAUUCUGUAUUUACUGGGAAACCAAUACUGUGUGGCAUGGCGAGAGGGACCCAAUAAUGAAUGCCUGGAUGCCGACUAGUUUGUUGUUCUUGCUUGUGUUCUAUCCUUGAGGAGCUAAUGUAGAUGCCAUCUCUUGAUAAGGUAGAUGUUAACCUUUGCAUUCUUGCCAUUUUAAUUUUUACUACAUUUUAAAUGAAUUAGUGAUACACUUGACAAAACAUUUUUUACCUUUAUCUGUAUGGUUUCUUUCUAAAUAUGCUAUAGCUUUCUCAGGAAAAAAAAAACUACCAGGUGUGUGGAAAAUGAUUCUUUAUUAAUAUUUGUGUUAGUGUUGGGAUUUAAUGGAUGAGUUUUCAAAAUUAAAUGAUAGAAUACUUAUGCAUUCUUGGAACUUUUAAAAAGUGUAAUGGAUACUUUAGUAAUACACUCUAAAAGGUGCAGAUAAGUUGCUGAUCUGCAGGGUUGAAGGGAGCUCCCUACACUGAUGAAAUCACACAUGUAGAUCAAAAAACAAUGCCCACACUGCAAGAUGAAUGGCUUCUGGUAUAUAUAGAAACACUUUCAUUAUGACUGGUUUCUCUUAACCAAACAUUUUGGAAAAGACUUAGAGCAAUCCAAAUUCAUAUGAUCAGCUUUCACUGUCCUUAGUGAGACUAUCAGCCUAGACUAAAUAUGGUAACUGGCACUUCUUGUCCCUUGCCAUUCAAAUUUUGGAAAGCCAACAGUUUAACCCAGGGAACGGAAUGGGAACAGGACUAAACAAAGAGGGGAGUAUGUGAAUUUCUAGUAUGUGUGCUUGUGUGUUUAUCUGAGUUUAUGUCUGAGUGUUCUGUAUGUCUCUUUGUGUUCCAAGGCCAAAUAUUAUUUGGAUUAUCAGCUGUUUUUAUUAUCCCUAACUCUUCUCUUCUCCUUUAGCCCAGGUAAUUAUGUUGGUUGUGUUUUAUUUUUAAGACAGUCUCACGAAGUUGACACUAAACAAUGGUUAUUGUCAAAUAAAUAAGGUUUCACAGUGG